GCGGCGGCGGCGGCCGCGGCGUCUAGAGCGGCGCCCAGUGCAGGAUGUUGCAGGAGAAGGUGGCGGUGUCGUUGGCGGCAGCGGGCGGAGGAACGGCGAAGGCUGAGGCGCCCGCGGGCGGGAUAAAAUGGCGGAUUUCGAGGAGUUGAGGAAUAUGGUUUCUAGUUUUAGGGUUUCUGAAUUACAAGUGUUACUGGGCUUUGCUGGACGGAAUAAAAGUGGGCGCAAGCAUGACCUCCUGAUGAGGGCGUUGCAUUUAUUGAAGAGUGGCUGCAGCCCUGCGGUUCAGAUUAAAAUUCGAGAAUUAUAUAGACGCCGAUACCCACGGACACUUGAAGGACUUUCUGAUCUAUCCACAAUCAAAUCAUCGGUUUUCAGUUUGGAUGGUAGUUCAUCACCAGUAGAACCUGACUUGACUGUGGCUGGAAUCCACUCGUUGCCUUCUACUUCAAUUACACCUCAUUCACCAUCAUCUCCUGUUGGUUCUGUGCUGCUUCAAGACGCUAAGCCCACCUUUGAGAUGCAGCAACCAUCUCCUCCCAUUCCUCCUGUCCAUCCUGACGUGCAGUUAAAAAACCUGCCCUUCUAUGACGUCCUUGAUGUUCUCAUCAAGCCCACGAGUUUAGUUCAAAGCAGUAUUCAGCGGUUUCAAGAGAAGUUUUUUAUUUUUGCUUUGACACCUCAGCAAGUUAGAGAGAUAUGCAUUUCCAGGGAUUUCUUGCCAGGAGGCAGGAGAGACUAUACAGUCCAAGUCCAGCUGAGACUUUGCUUGGCCGAGACCAGUUGCCCUCAAGAAGAUAACUAUCCCAAUAGUUUGUGUAUAAAAGUAAAUGGGAAACUCUUUCCUUUGCCUGGCUAUGCACCACCACCUAAAAAUGGGAUUGAACAGAAGCGCCCUGGACGCCCCUUGAAUAUUACAUCUUUAGUUAGGUUGUCUUCAGCUGUGCCAAAUCAGAUUUCUAUUUCUUGGGCGUCUGAAAUUGGAAAGAAUUACUCCAUGUCUGUGUAUCUUGUACGACAGCUUACGUCAGCCAUGUUAUUACAGAGAUUAAAAAUGAAAGGUAUUAGAAAUCCUGAUCAUUCCAGAGCACUAAUUAAAGAAAAACUUACUGCAGAUCCCGAUAGUGAAAUUGCUACAACUAGUCUUCGAGUGUCCUUGAUGUGCCCAGUAGGAAAAAUGAGGCUGACAAUCCCGUGCCGUGCAGUGACUUGUACACAUCUGCAGUGCUUUGAUGCUGCCCUUUAUCUUCAGAUGAAUGAGAAGAAACCCACCUGGAUCUGUCCUGUGUGUGACAAAAAGGCUGCCUAUGAGAGUCUGAUACUAGAUGGGCUUUUUAUGGAAAUUCUCAAUGACUGUUCUGAUGUGGAUGAGAUCAAAUUUCAGGAGGAUGGUUCUUGGUGUCCCAUGAGACCUAAGAAAGAAGCUAUGAAAGUAACCAGCCAGCCCUGUACAAAAGUUGAAAGUUCAAGUGUCUUUAGUAAACCUUGUUCAGUGACUGUAGCCAGUGAUGCAAGCAAGAAGAAGAUAGAUGUUAUUGAUCUAACAAUAGAGAGCUCUUCUGAUGAAGAGGAAGACCCUCCCACCAAAAGGAAAUGCAUCUUUAUGUCGGAAACACAAAACAGUCCAACCAAAGGGGUUCUCAUGUAUCAGCCAUCUUCUGUAAGGGUGCCCAGUGUGACUUCAGUUGAUCCUGCUGCUAUCCCACCUUCAUUAACAGACUACUCAGUACCAUUCCACCACACGCCAGUGUCAAGCAUGUCAUCAGAUUUGCCAGGUUUGGAUUUUCUUUCCCUUAUUCCAGUUGAUCCCCAGUACUGUCCUCCUAUGUUUUUGGAUAGUCUCACCUCACCCUUAACAGCAAGCAGUACGUCUGUCACCACCACCAGCCCCCAUGAAAGCAGUACUCACGUUAGUUCAUCCAGCAGCAGGAGUGAGACAGGGGUCAUAACCAGCAGUGGGAGUAACAUUCCUGACGUCAUCUCUUUGGACUAAAGGAGGACAUACUUGAUUCUGGGAAUCAUUCAUCAAAACUUUGGAUGUCUAGUCCAUGGAAGUUAAUUUUUGCAACUUAAUAUUUAUUGAAACGUCAAAUGGAUUCUUUGCUCUCUGGGAGAUGAACAUAGAUGACUCCAGCAAGAACCAGAUGACAUGAAAGGACUUAUGCUGUACACUGAGUAUCAGAUUUCAUCCACAACGAUGUCUUCUGGAACAGUUGCUUUUAGUUUCUACGCUACUGGAUGGAUUCUACACACCAGUUAAUCUUUUGUUACAAUAAACAGCAAUAAAGUUAUGUAAAUAGUUAAACUUUUCUAAUUAAAGAUGCAAUCACUGAUACAGACUAA